AUGCCCACAGAGCACUGGGGGAAUGUCAGAACCCAAGCGGGAAGUGACGUGUCGGGUUACAAUCUCCUCCCCUCUCUCUCUCCUCCUUGGAUCGUAGCGGUCGGAGCAGGAGAAGACCGGGGGGGAGCAGUGCCGAAAGCUGCCUUCCCAGAGCUGCCUUCCCAACAGGACAAAAUGAACUAUCUGAAUGUGCUGGCGAAGGCGCUGUACGACAAUGUGGCGGAGUCUCCAGACGAGCUGUCGUUCCGUAAGGGCGACAUCAUGACGGUUUUGGAGCGCGACACUCAGGGACUGGACGGCUGGUGGCUGUGCUCCCUCCACGGGCGCCAGGGUAUCGUCCCGGGCAACCGUCUGAAGAUUCUGGUGGGCAUGUACGACAAACAACAAGGAUCCCCCUCCACCCCGGACCCCACCAUGGUCACCUCCCCGACACAGCGCCCUCUCCUGCCCCCCCACAACACCUACGCCAAACCCACACUCUCAGCCUCCAUCAUGGCUUCUCCAGGCUUUCCAAACAAGCCCCCGCAGUACACCUCCAUGCACCCCGCCACAACCAACCCCGACUCUAUCUACAUGAUGCCCCCGUCCCACGAGCCCAAAGGCAGCGUGUACCAGAUCCCCUCCGGCCCCAUUGGUUCCUCUCCGCAGCCCCCAAGCAAAGCCCCUCCCCUGACCCAGCGGAAAUACCAGGCACCUUCUCAGGACAUCUACCAGGUGCCUCCCAGCCUGCAAGGGGCUGGCCCAGCUGGGGUGGCUUCAGCGGGGCAGGAUGUGUACCAGGUGCCCCCGUGUCUGGAGAAGAGGAACUGGGACAGCGGGAAACCACUCGGAAAGGUGGUGGUCCCGACUCGUGUGGGGCAGGUCUACGUCUAUGACACGGUGAAAGGAGACCAGGACGAGUACGACGUCCCCCCCAGGCAUCAGACUUCUGCCCAGGACAUAUACGACGUGCCUCCCGCCCGCCAGCAUCUCAACACUCAAGUGUAUGACACUCCUCCAAUGGUGGUCAAGGGGCCAUCUAGUGGUCAAGAUGUGUAUGACAUGCCUCCGAUCAAAGACAAGCUCGCACAACAUCAGGUCUAUGAUUUCCCUCCAUCUGUGAGCAAAGAUGUGCCUGACAGUCAACCGACCCGAGAGGAGACCUAUGAUGUGCCUCCUCACUUUGCCAAACUCAAGGCUCCUGUCUCCAUGCCAACCUCCCAAUACCUCCACAACAACAUGAACGAUGACGAUGACGAGCCCCCUAUCCCAGAGGACGUCUACGAUGUCCCACCACCCAUCCUCACGGAGAAGCAUUUCAACAGCAGCAGACAAGACAUCUACGACAUCCCCACCAGCCUCCGCACGGGGUACCCCAGUCAGGACGUGUACGACUUCCCCAGAGAGAGGAAGCUGGAGAGGUCCACGGAGCGAGGGGAGCAGAAUGUGUACGACGUACCCCCACAGGUUGUGCGUGACCCUCAAACCACAGAUGAACUCAGCUUGUCUUUCAAACGCCUCUCAGCCUCCAGCACUGGAAGCACACGCAGUAACCACUCAGCGUCAUCUUUAGACAUGGUGCCUGUUCGGGACACUUCAGCUCCUGCCCCUCUCCCUGGGAAACCCCUCAUGUUGGACCUGGACCAGGCCAUGGAGCGCCUGUCCCGUCUGCAGGUGGCUGUGGAGUCUAAUGUGUCGUUUAUGAUGUCCUUUAUCACUGGCAACUGGAGGAGUGCGGAGCAGCUGGAGGGAAACCUGCCCGCCAUCCACCAGGCUGCAGACAGAGUCAGAGCUUCAGUCAGGGAUUUCCUGGAGUUUGCUCGUGACGCUGUGGCCAACGCCGCUCAGGCCACAGACCGCCUGUUGCAAUCUAAACUGGGGCGACAGGUGGGGAAAAUGGAGGAGGUGUUCCGUAGUUUAAUUCAACAGAGUCAGAGCUUAGACGCCAUCGCCUGGUCUCCAGCUGCACUGGCGGCGCCAUCUCCAGGUGGAGAUGACUUGGACCGACUGGUCAUCACUGCUCGGGGGAUUCCAGAUGAUACCAAACAACUUGCUUCUUUUCUUCAUGGAAACGCCACACUGCUCUUCAAACGGACCAACAGGCAGCAACAGCAGCUGCCUCUGCCCCCAAUCCCAGGGGACGUUAGUGGGAACAUGACAGGGUCAGGAAGCGGCACAUAUGGAGGAGAGAAAGUGCACAUUCAGUCACGGCCUCUUCCCUCUCCACCCAAGUUUACAUCCACUGAAGAAGAGCCAGUGGAGCGGCCGUACGAGAGCACCGAGGAGGGCUGGAUGGAGGACUAUGACUACGUGCAUCUACAGGGGAAAGAGGAGUUUGAAAAGAACCAAAGACAAUUGUUGGAGAAAGGCAAUAUCAGCAGACACAACACACAACUGGAACAGACACAGAUCAAGCAGUUUGAGCGUCUGGAGCAGGAGGUCAGUCAGCCCAUCAACAACGACAUGACAGGCUGGGUCCCGUCUCCGCACCACCCCACAGCCCACCCCCACAACGGUUCUUCGGGGCCCCCCUCCAAACUGUGCCACAGCGACCGGCAGCUGCUGCUCUUCUACCAGGAGCAGUGCGAGCAGAACAUCACCACCGUCACCAACGCCAUCGAUGCCUUCUUUACCGCCGUCAACUCCAACCAGCCGCCCAAAAUCUUCGUAGCUCACAGCAAGUUUGUGAUCCUGAGCGCUCACAAGCUGGUUUUCAUCGGAGACACUCUUUCUCGUCAAGCGAAAGCCCCGGAGGUGAGGGCGCGCGUGGCUCAAAGCAGCAACACGCUCUGUGAAAAACUGAAAGACAUUGUGAUCAGCACUAAAACGGCAGCACUGCAGUAUCCGUCGGCGGGGAACACGAGGGAGAUGACGGAGAGGGUGAAGGAGCUGGCCGGGUGCACGCAGCAGUUUAGGAUGGUCCUGGGACAGCUCCUGGUCAUGUAA